AACGUCGCUCCCAUUUUGAAUUUUAUCGAAUUGUAUCGAAAAGAUUCGAGAAUAUUAAUAUAUUUAUCGAGAGUAGUCGAGAUUGAAAUAUUUCGAUUUAUCGAUCAAGUACAUCUAGGCGGGAAAUUUAUUAAAAACUUAAAUGUCUUUACAAAUAAGUACAACAACAUUUUCAAUCAAAAAAUUAUAAGUAAACCAAUCUUGUGUAAUUAUUUCACGUUAAAAUAACUAAAAAAUUAUCUGUAUGAAAAAUAAUUUUAUCCACAGGCUUCCAAAAUAUUAUAAUUUUAAUAAGUGAAAAUCUUAACGUAUCAAGCUAUUAUACGAAUGUACGGCGCCACUUAAUUUCCUUUGAAAGGAUAAUUUAUAUUUUUGAAAGAGCACCAUUAUGACCCAAUAUUCCUAACUUUAAUAAUAGAACCAACGUUCUAGCAGUGGAGACAUUUUGGAACUCUGUUUUUUGCAUGUUAUAUGAACAAGUGACGCAGUUAUUACCUUCCACGUAAUUUAAUGCUGCAACACGCGAGUUCAGAAUGUAUUUAUGUUACAUUAUUACAGAAAGUAGUCUCGAAAGGUUGCAGAAAUUAUUCAAUUGAUAUAACCUUCAAAAAUGAAAUAUUUAAACUUAAUCAAAGAGACAGAAGUAAAAGUCGUAGGAAAUUUCAUCAAAAUUUUCAAUUUCAACCCCAUACAACGUUACCCUCGCAAUCGCAAAUUGUCAUUGCGGGUGCAGGAACAGUGGCUAAUUCUGUUGCUUAUCAUCUUGUCAAUAAUGGGUGGAAUGAUGUACUUGUUCUGGAACAAAACAGGAUUGGAAGUGGAACAUCCUAUUUUGGUUCUGGCACACUUGGUCUUUUCAAACCAAUAUCACAUAGGAAUCUAAUAUCCUACAGCAUUAAGUUGUAUCAACAAUUACAGGAAAUGGGAUAUGACAUAGGUUUAAAGCAAUGUGGCAGUAUAUACCUAGCUCAAACCAAAGACAGAAUGAUAGCUUUGAAGAGAAGAAUGGCUUAUAAUAUACCCACAGGUUUAAAUUGUGAAAUUUUAGGAAAAGAUCAAUUAAAACGAUUAUAUCCAUAUUUGCAUACUGAAGACCUUGAAGGUGCACUUUGGGUUCCUGAAGAUGCAGUAGCUAAUUGUAGUGCAAUUUGUGAUGUUCUAGCCAAAUUGGCAAUGAUUGGAGGAGCAAAAUACGUUGAAAAUUGUUAUAUACAAGAAGUUCACACUGAAAAUCGAGCUAUAAAAAGUGUAAAAACUGACCGUGGAGUAGUUUCUUGUGAAUAUUUUGUUAAUUGUGCAGGAAUGUGGGCACGAGAAUUAGGAUUAAAAUGUAAUCCACCAGUUAGAAUCCCAGCAUAUCCUGCAGAACAUUUUUAUGCAAUUAUUCCUCCGUUUCCACUUAAUACAAACACGGCUUUACCAUGCAUACGUGAUUUCGAUUCAUACUCAUAUAUGAGGGAGUGGCAAAGAGGUUUAUUAAUUGGAUGGUUUGAACCAGAAUCAAAGCCUGCAUUCGAGAAUGGUGUUGUUCCAAUAAAAGAUUGGAAAAACCAUCUUACAGUUAACACUUCAUAUUGGAAACCUUUAUGGGAUAAAGUAGUACAUAGAUUACCACUUUUAAAAGGUAUACAACCAAAUGUAUAUAAUUGUCCAGAUAACUUUACACCAGAUGGUAAAUGGAUACUAGGAGAAAGUCCAGAAGUAAAAAAUUAUUUUGUUGCUGUUGGCAUGAAUGGAAGUUCAUUACAAGGGGCAGGAGGAAUAGGCAAAGAAGUUGCUGAAUGCCUAAUAAAUGGUGAAUCUACACAAGAAAUACUUCCUUUUAAUGUACAAAGAUUUCUAGAUUUACAUAGCAGUAAAAGAUAUUUACAACAAAGAACAAAGGAAAUUGUUGGGAGAAAUUAUGCAAUUUUGUAUCCUCAUCAGUGUGAGUAUAAAUAUGCUCGAAACCUACGUUGUUCACCUCUGUAUUCCGUACUUGAGGAAAGAGGUGCAAUUUUUGGCGUCAAAAUGGCUUAUGAACGUCCACUUUACUUUGAUUCAACUUAUAAAAAAGGGCAAAAAAAACCAGUUAUGCCACCAGGCAGUUUUUAUAAACCAAAGUUUUUUGAUUUUAUGACGGAGGAAUUUCUAGCAUGCAAAGAAGGAGUGGGAAUAAUAGAUAUGAGUUCAUUUUCGAAAAUCGAAAUUAAAUCUAGUCGUUGGGAAGUUGUCAAUUAUCUUCAGCAAUUAUGUUCUAAUGAUGUAAAUAUACCAAUUGGUAGUAUAGUGCAUACAGGAAUGCAGAAUGAAAGAGGAGGGUAUGAAAAUGAUUGUAUCUUAGUAAGACAAGCUGAAAAUAGUUAUUUUAUGGUUUCACCUACGUCGCAACAAACACGUAUCUACCAAUGGAUGUCUAGACAUUUACCAGCUGAUCAUUCAGUGGGUCUUAAUGAUGUAACGUCAAAAUAUACUGUUAUUAAUUUAGUAGGACCUAAAGCAACAGGACUACUUUCAGAACUUUCCAAUUCUGACAUUAAUCUCUCUCCUUUUACAUAUAAGAAUGUAAAUGUAGCCUAUGCUUCUGAUGUAAUGGUAAUGUCAUUUACGCAUACUGGUGAAUCUGGUUAUUGCUUAUAUAUACCGUCAGAAUACGCACUUCACGUAUAUUCCAGAUUAAUGGAAGUAGGUAAAGAUUAUGGAGUACGAGAUGUAGGUGUACUCACACAACGUUUCAUGCGAAUAGAAAGAUUUAUUCCAUUUUGGGCCGAAGAAUUGACACCAUUUGUUACACCAUAUGAAGCUGGAAGUGGAUACAAUGUAAGAUUAGAUGUAAGUAGGUAUAUGGUAAUAGAAUUUAUUUAUUCCAAGACUAUUAAUGUUAAAUCUGAAUUUCUGAGGACUUCUAUCAUACAAAGGCACAACAGUUUAAACAUGCUGAUUAAUUAUGAUAAUUUAUUGCAACAGAAAGAAUAUUUUAUUGGCAAAUUUGCCUUGCAACGUCAAAAAGAACAAGGCGUAUCAAAACGAUUAGUAUUAUUUAUUGUUAAUGAAUUAGAUAUUAAUAAGGAUGUAUGGCCAUGGGGUGGCGAGCCUAUUUAUCGAAAUAAUGAAUUUGUGGGAACUGUUACAUCAGCCGGAUACGGUUUCGCUACAGAGAAACAUAUAUGUCUUGGCUUUAUCGGUUAUCCAAAAUCAGGGCAUAUACAAAUUAAUACAAAUACUGUUACAACAGACUUUAUAAUGGAUCCUAAAGCUCAUUACGAAAUUGAUAUCGCUGGUACUAGAUUUCCUAUUAAACCACACAUUCGUCCACUACCCAUACCGGCGCUGAGUAGUAAAUUGAACAAAAAAUAUAUUCCUACACCUAUUGUAUCAUAUUAAAGCGACGUUCUUCAGUGAUAAUAUUUUAUUUCCUCCUAUUAUGUGAUUGAGACUUUAGUCAUUAUAAUUGUAAAUUAUGAAAUAAAUCUUGAUUUUUUGAAGACUAUUUUCCCUAGGAGUUAAGCAUAUUCAUGAUUGUGAAAACAUUUAAAAUAUGUUUAUUGCAUUUUAAUUAAAUAUCUAUCAUUAUUUAA